AACUGCUGCACCCACAACAGCUGCACCCACGACUGCUGCACCUACAACUGCUGCACACACAACAGCUGCACCUACAACUACUGCUCCCACAACAGCUGCACCUACAACUGCUGCUCCCACAACAGCUGCACCACAACUGCUGCAGCCACAACAGCUGCACCUACAACUACUGCUCCCACAACAGCUGCAACUACAACUGCUGCUCCCACACCUGCUGCACCUACAACUGCUACACCCACAACAGCUGCACCAACAACAGCUGCAGCUACAACUGUUGCUCCAACAACUGCUGGUCCAACAACAACUGCACCCACAACAGCUGCACCUAUAACUGCUGCACCCACAACUGCUGCACCUACAACUGCUGCUCGUACAACAGCUGGACCCACAACAGCUGCACCUACAACUGCUGCUCCGGCAACUGCUGCACCCUCAACAGAUGCCCCAACAACAGCAGUGACUACAACAGCUGCACUUACAACUGCUGCACCCACAACUGCUGCACCUACAACUGCUGCACAACAAGACCUGCACCUACAACUGCUGCACCCACAACUGCAGCACCCCACAACUGCUGUACAAACAACUGCACCCACAACUGAAGCCCCUACAACUGCUGCACCCACAACAGCUCUACCCACAACUGCUGCACCCACAACUGCAGCCCCAACAACUGCUGCGACCACAACUGUUGCACCCACAACAGCUGCACCCACAACAGCAGCACCCACAACUGCAGCACCGACAACAGCUGCACCCACAACAGCUGCACCCACAACUGCUGCACCUACAACAGCUGCACACACAACAGCUGCACCUACAACUAGUGCUCCCACAACUGCUGCACCCACAACAGCUGCACCCACGACUGCUGCACCUACAACUGCUGCACACACAACAGCUGCACCUACAACUACUGCUCCCACAACAGCUGCACCUACAACUGCUGCUCCCACAACAGCUGCACCCACAACUGCUGCAGCCACAACAGCUGCACCUACAACUACUGCUCCCACAACAGCUGCAACUACAACUGCUGCUCCCACACCUGCUGCACCUACAACUGCUACACCCACAACAGCUGCACCAACAACAGCUGCAGCUACAACUGUUGCUCCAACAACUGCUGGUCCAACAACAACUGCACCCACAACAGCUGCACCUAUAACUGCUGCACCCACAACUGCUGCACCUACAACUGCUGCUCGUACAACAGCUGGACCCACAACAGCUGCACCUACAACUGCUGCUCCGGCAACUGCUGCACCCUCAACAGAUGCCCCAACCAACAGCAGUGACUACAACAGCUGCACUUACAACUGCUGCACCCACAACUGCUGCACCCACAAGACCUGCACUACAACUGCUGCCCCACAACUGCAGCACCCACAACUGCUGCACAAACAACUGCACCCACAACUGAAGCCCCUACAACUAAUGCACCACAACAGCUCUACCCACAACUGCUGCACCCACAACUGCAGCCCCAACAACUUCUGCGACCACAACUGCUGCACCCACAACAGCUGCACCCACAACAGCAGCACCCACAACUGCAGCACCCACAACUGCUGCACCCACAACUGCUGCACCAAACAUAUGCUGCACCCACGACUGCAGCACCCACGACUGCUGCACCAACAACUGCUGCGCCUACAACUGCUGCACCCACGAAAGCUGCAACUACAACUGCUGCACCUAAAACUGCUGCACCCACAACUGCUUCACCCACAACUGCUGGUCCUACACCUGCUGCACCACUGUGCUGCAACCUACAAACCAUACAAUUUCUGCACAUACAACUGCUGCUCCGACAACUGCUGCACCCACAACAGAAGCCCCAACAACAGCAGUGACUACAACAGCUGCACCUACAACAGCUGCACCUACAACAGCUGCACCUACAACUGCUGCACCGACAACUGCUGCACAUACAACAGCUGCUCCAACAACUGCUUCACCUACAACUGUUGCACCCACAACAGCUGCACUUACAACUGCUGCUCCCACAACUGCUGCACCUACAACUGCUGCUCCAACAACAGCUGCACCUACAACAACUGCACCUACAACAGCUGCACCUACAACUGCUGCACCUACAACUUCUGCACCUACAACAACUGCACCUACAACAGCUGCACCUACAUCUGCUGCACCGACAACUUCUGCACCCACAACAGCUGCUCCCACAACUGCUGCCCCCAAAACUGCUGCUCCAACAACAGCUGCACAUACAACUGUUGCACUUACAACUGUUGCUCCCACAACUGCUGCACCCACAACUGCUCUGCAACUACAACUGCUGCACCCACAACAGCUGCACCCACAACUGCUGCUCCAACAACUGCUGCUCCGACAACUGCUGCAGCCACAACUGCUGCACCAACAACUGCUGCACCUACAACUGCUGCUCCCACAACAGCUGCACCCACAACUGCAGCACCGACCACUCUGCACCUACAACUGCUGCACCCACAACACCUGCACCUACAACUGCUGCUCCCACGACUGCUGCACAUACAACUGCUGCUCCGACAACUGCUGCACCCACAACAGAAGCCCCAACAACAGCACUGCACAUACAACUGCUGCUCCGACAACUGCUGCACCCACAACAGAAGCCCCAACAACAGCAGUGACUACAACAGCUGCACCUACAACAGCUGCACCUACAACAGCUGCACCUACAACUGCUGCACCGACAACUGCUGCACAUACAACAGCUGCUCCAACAACUGCUUCACCUACAACUGUUGCACCCACAACAGCUGCACUUACAACUGCUGCUCCCACAACUGCUGCACCUACAACUGCUGCUCCAACAACAGCUGCACCUACAACAACUGCACCUACAACAGCUGCACCUACAUCUGCUGCACCGACAACUUCUGCACCCACAACAGCUGCUCCCACAACUGCUGCCCCCAAAACUGCUGCUCCAACAACAGCUGCACCUACAACUGUUGCACUUACAACUGUUGCUCCCACAACUGCUGUACCCACAACUGCUGCACCUACAACUGCUGCACCAACAACAGCUGCACCUACAACUGCUGCACCCACAACAGCUGCACCUACAACUGCUGCUCCCACAACAGCUGCACCUACAACUCCUGCUCCCACAUCAGCUGCACCCACAACAGCUGGACCGACAACUGCUGCUCCAUUAACUGCUGCUCCAACAACAACUACACCCACAACAGCUGA